AUGUUCAGUGCAGGAGUAGGAUCCUCGUACGAACGAGGAGACCUUUCGGCGUCCUCGCUCGUACUACCUGAAGUGAGCACGUGCUGGGAUCCUCUCCAUGAAGUAGAAGCCAGAGGUGUGGAAGUAAGAUGUUUGUCGAGAGUUGCUACGGCAAUGCGCAGCCCUCACACUUGUGGUCUUUUGGCAGACGGUACCGUUUGA